AUGGCACCGUCUCUCCACCCCUCCAUCGACAACGGAAUCAAGAAGGGCGACGCCAACUUCGCCGGCGGCAAGCUGUACUGCCACUGCCCGUCCAACAAGGUCGAGGUCACGCUCGGCUCCAACGUCCUGCACAACCAUGCGUGCGGCUGCUCAAAGUGCUGGAAGCCAAAGUCGGCACUUUUCUCUGUAGUCGGCGUCAUCCCCACCGACAAGCUCAGCGUGACAGCCAACAAGCAGAAACUGCACGUCAUCGACAAGAGCGCGGCGAUUCAGAGGAACGCGUGCAAGGAGUGUGGCGUACACCUAUUCGGUCGCAUCGAGGUAGACCACCCUUUCAAGGGCCUCGAUUUUGUGCACACUGAGCUCUCAGACCAGAGCGGGUGGCAAGAACCUCAAUUCGCGGCUUUCGUCAGUUCGAUCAUCGAGCAGGGAUUCGAUCCGAGUCAGAUGGAUGGGGUGCGGUCGAAGUUCAAGAGUGUCGGGCUGGAGACGUAUGACGUGCUGAGUCCAGCGUUGAUGGAUGCGAUUGCGACAUACACUGCGCAAAAGAGCAAGACGAGUUCGAAGUUGUAG